GCCCCAAAAACCAAAUCAAAAAAAAAAAUUUCUCUCUAUAUCUUCAAAAAUAAGAUGAUUAAUCCCAAUGAAUGGAGCAAAGGGUCACAUUUCAUAAGAUGCUACCUAAAACCCAAAGCCUCCAUGGCCGAAACACAGGUAAUCGAAGCUCCAUGGCUCCUCCACCACAAACCAGCAUGGCCGAACCUUCAAGAGCUCACCCACCACCGUUGGAGUCGCACACUUGGACAAAACCCUUCCGAUUCCUCGAAAGCACAGAAGAGAGCUUAAAAAAAAGCUCAACGAAGCCAAGCCAACAAUGGCGUACUCAAAUGUAGUCUCGAGGUUAUCGUCGCGAUUACAACCUUUCGCUCUUAAACUCGGCAAAAGAUCGCUCGCUCCCGAGCUCUCUCCGCUCAAAUCGUGCUCUCAAUCUCAAUCACAAGCCUCUUCCUCUGCCUCCGCGGGACGCUUUUCCCGCAUUUCUCGGUUACCGUUGGAGUUGAGCAGCGUGGAAACGAUGAUACCGUUGCACAACGCGAUAGCUUCGGCGAGGCUUGUAUCGAGCUUGUCCACUGAUUCUCAGAGCUGGAGUUUAGUUCCUCAAGGUAUAUCAAUGCCUUUAUGACAGAGUCUGGUGGCAGCAAGUUCAUAUUCUAGGCGGCAUUUCUGCUUGAGGGCAAUUUUAUUUUGUUCUGACUUUUGAGGCCUCUAUUGAACUUAGAUUGCUUCAUUCAUCUUCAUCCGUUUUUAUACUGUUUUUGAAUGUCCAUUACCAGGAGAGCCUGGAUGAGUUUUCGUUAACCAUGAUUAAAUAUACUUUGUUCUGUAUGCCUAGCAAAGUAGUCUAUAGCUUUUCUCUCUUGUUAUUUAGAUAUAUUUACAAUUUCCAUGUGGCAUAUUUUAGGUGACUUAUCUUUUCCAUUUGAUAAGCU